GUGCAUGGGUCCGGUUCCUCGUGUUGGGGUUGCACCUAGCUAGCUCACUCCACCUUGCUUGCUCUCUUGCCGCGGGUAGGCAGCUGGCGCUAGCCAUGAACACUCGCACUACACGUCUACACCACGACACAAGCUGCUUCCUCGCUCCUCUCUCCGCUAGAGUAAAUAAUUUACCACCAUGGCAUGCAUGGACCUCCCCUCCCCAGCUCAGUUUCCCUCUCAUCUCAUCUCAUCUCAUGUGCUGCUCAUCAUGCAUCACCUCUCACCUCGGUACCUCACCUAGCCUAGCUAGCUCUCCUCCUCUAUAUUAAUGGUUUUGCUUCGGCGGCUUUCUUGUUACUGGUGCGAGAGGAGACGACUGGAGCUCCUCAGAGCUUAGCCUAGCUUAGCUUCUGCCGGCAGCUACAGCCACUCUCACUCUCCAUCAAGCCACUCACACUCCCACUCACUGUCUCCACUCCGCCAUUACUGCACGCUAGCUACUCUACUCUUCCGUCCGUCCAGCCACCCCGCUCGCUCGCUCGCUGCACCUUCUUCUAGCUAGUACGUUCCGGCUCCCGUAGUAGUAUAAUUCAGCUUCAAGGCAUGGCGCCGGAGUGGGAGGCAGCGUUGGGCAUGGAGCUCGGCAUGGGCACGCACUACCACCACGCGCCGCCAUCCGCCGCCGCCUCCCCCAUGAACCACCACCACCACCACCACCACGGCUACUCCCACUCCCAGCCCCCGCACCAGUACCAUUUCUACGGGGGCGCCGCGGGCGGUGACGGCGCCGACCCCAUGCGCGUCGACGAGAUGCUCGACCUGUCCUCCCACCUCGGCGCGCACGACUUCUUCUCCGGCGCCGCCAAUGGCCAGGGCGGCGACAACGCGCCGGCCCCGCCUGCGGCUGCCGCGGCCUCAUCGUCCGACCACCAGCACCACCACCCGUCGUCCUUCAACCUCUCCUUCGCCGACGAGUUUUACCUGCCUGUUCCGACUGAGGAGGCCGCGGAGCUGGAGUGGCUGUCCAAUUUCGUGGACGACUCCUACCCGGACGUCCCCAACUACCCGCCGGCCGUGCAGGCGGCGAUGGCGGCCGCCGCGAGGAACGGCGGCGUCGUGGUGAAGCAGGAGAAUUCCGCGUCGGCGGCCGCGCCUGGCCGCGGCGCGCGGAGCAAGCGGUCGCGGGCGGCCUCCGCGGCCGCGGCAGCGUGGCACGCCCUUGCACCGCGCCAGCCCUCGCCGUCCUCGUCUUCGUCGUCCUCGGACUCCAAGCCUGCGCGUUCAGGCGGCGGCGGGGGCGGCGUGAAGAAGAGCGGGCUCGUGGUCGGGGCCGCGGAGCUGGGCGGAGGGGAGCAGAGCGGCGAGGUGCGUCGGUGCACGCACUGCGCGUCGGAGAAGACGCCGCAGUGGCGGACGGGGCCGCUGGGGCCCAAGACGCUGUGCAACGCGUGCGGGGUGCGGUACAAGUCGGGGCGGCUGGUGCCGGAGUACCGCCCGGCGGCGAGCCCCACGUUCGUGCUGACGCAGCACUCCAACUCCCACCGCAAGGUGAUGGAGCUACGCCGGCAGAACGAGCUUGUCCACCUCCGCGGCGGCGUGGCCGGGGGCGUCGUGUCGGGGUCGUCCGGCUCCGGCGGCGCGGCGGAGCACAUGUUCCGCGACUACGGCGUGUGCUGACCCGCCGGUUCCAGCAGCCUAGUCUAGCCUAGCCUAGCCUAGCUAGCGAGCAAGCAAAGCUUGGACCGACCGACCGACCUUCCAUGGACGAUCGAUGGAUCCGAUCAGCACGACGAGGACGACGACGACGAUCUGCUUAAUUUUGCAUGCAAAUUCCUUUUCCUUGCUUUCUUCCGUGUACUAUUUCGCGUUGCUUUCUUUCUGUAGCCUAUAAUAUGGAUCUCAUCAUCUUUCUUUUUGGUCCGAAAUAAAUAAGGAAAUCUGUUGAAAAAA